UCCAGGCUCCGCCCGCGCCGCCGCCACUGCUGCCGGAGCCGCUGCUGCUGCAGAGAAGACGGUGGGAGCCCGAGCCACACCGGGAGGAGAGCUCGAGACAGAGACAGGGACAGAGACAGCCAGAGACAGACACGGAGCAGCCAUGGCGGCAGCGCCAGCAGAGGCUGAGACCCGUCAGAAGCUGUUGCGCACGGUCAAGAAGGAGGUAAAACAGAUCAUGGAAGAGGCUGUAACCCGGAAGUUUGUUCAUGAAGACAGUAGCCAUAUCAUCUCAUUCUGUGCUGCGGUGGAGGCCUGCGUGCUCCAUGGCCUGAAGCGUCGGGCCGCGGGCUUCCUACGGAGCAAUAAGAUCGCAGCUCUGUUCAUGAAGGUGGGGAAGAGCUUCGCCCCCGCCGAGGAGCUGUCCCGGAAGGUCCAAGACCUGGAGCAGCUGAUCGAGAACGCGCGGAACCAGCUCCAAGGACUUCAGGAGAAUGUUCGGAAGCUCCCCAAGCUGCCCAACCUGUCCCCCCAGGCCCUUAAGCACCUGUGGAUCCGCACAGCCCUGUUCGAAAAGGUCUUGGAUAAAAUUGUGCAUUACCUGGUAGAGAACAGCAGUAAAUACUACGAGAAGGAAGCUCUUUUGAUGGACCCUGUCGAUGGCCCCAUUCUUGCUUCUUUGUUAGUGGGCCCCUGUGCACUGGAAUAUACCAAGAUGAAGACGGCAGACCAUUUCUGGACAGACCCUUCAGCUGACGAGUUGGUCCAAAGGCAUCGGAUCCACAGCUCCCACCUCCGCCAGGACUCUCCCACCAAGCGCCCAGCCCUUUGUAUCCAGAAACGUCAUUCCAGUGGCAGCAUGGACGAUCGGCCUUCCCUCUCUGCCCGGGAUUAUGUGGAGUCUCUGCAUCAGAACUCCCGGGCUACUCUCCUCUAUGGCAAGAACAAUGUCCUGGUCCAACCGAGGGAUGACAUGGAGGCUGUUCCUGGAUAUCUGUCUCUACACCAGACCGCUGAUGUCAUGACCCUCAAGUGGACGCCCAACCAGCUGAUGAACGGCUCUGUGGGAGACCUGGACUAUGAGAAAAGUGUAUACUGGGACUACGCCAUGACCAUCCGCCUGGAGGAGAUUGUCUAUCUGCACUGCCAUCAGCAGGUAGACAGUGGUGGGACGGUGGUGUUAGUGAGCCAGGAUGGGAUUCAGAGACCCCCGUUCCGGUUUCCCAAGGGGGGUCAUCUGCUACAGUUUCUCUCGUGCCUGGAGAAUGGGCUGCUGCCCCAUGGUCAGCUGGACCCACCACUGUGGUCCCAGCGAGGAAAGGGCAAAGUGUUUCCAAAGCUCCGAAAGCAAAGUCCUCAAGGCUCCUCAGAAUCUGCAUCUGAUAAGGAAGAUGAUGAAGCCACAGAUUACGUCUUCAGAAUUAUCUACCCCGGCAUGCAGUCGGAGUUCGUGCCCCCGGACUUGAUUGAUGCCUCUGUAAACAGCCUGCCUUCCAUGUGGCAGCCCAGCCCUCGGAGGUCGUCCUGUUCAUCCUGCUCCCAGAGAGGCUCCGCGGAGAGCGGCUCAUCCAACGGAUGUAAUCACGAGAGGGCUCCUCUGAAGCUCCUCUGUGACAACAUGAAGCACCAAAUCCUCUCCAGAGCCUUCUAUGGUUGGCUUGCCUAUUGUCGGCAUUUGUCCACUGUGAGGACCCACCUAUCAGCCUUGGUCAACCACCUGAUCGUGUCCCCUGACCUGCCCUGUGAUGCCGGCCACGGCCUGACCAUGGGCAUCUGGGAGAAAUACCUGAAGGACAGCACGAGUUACGAAGAACAGGAGCUUCUGCGACUGAUCUACUUUGGGGGGAUUCAGCAUGAGAUCCGCAAGGACGUGUGGCCUUUCCUGCUGGGCCAUUACCAAUUUGGGAUGACAGAGGCUGAGAGGAAGGAGGUGGACGAUCAGGUUCAUGCUUGCUAUGAGCAGACCAUGGCCGAGUGGUUGGGCUGUGAGGCCAUCGUCCGGCAGAGGGAGAAAGAGUCCCACGCGGCUGCUCUGGCCAAGUGCUCCUCGGGCGCGAGCCUGGACAGCCAUCUUCAGAGGAUGAUGCAUCGAGAUUCCACUAUCAGCAAUGAGUCUUCUCAGAGCUGCAGUUCAGACAGACAAAAUCACAUCCGUCUGCAGAGUGACUCCAGCAAUAGCACCCAGGUGUUUGAAUCUGUGGAUGAAACAGAGCAGGUGGAGGUAGACAGCAGGCAGGAUGACAUGAAGCAGGCUAAGGUCCCCAAUGGGACAGUGGUCAAUGGCACCUGCUCCCCCGAUUCUGGCCACCCGUCUUCCCACAACUUCUCCUCGGGCCAGUCCGAGCACAGCCUCAGCACAGAAGACAGCGUCAUGGAACCGCCCAAAAACACCCCACCCUUGGCGCGGUCUGAUGGAUCCAGUGCCCAGGAUGGUCACGAGCUAGACACUGCCACCCAGCCUGGGGACAAGACCCUAAGAGAGGAGCUGGCCAUCCAGGACAGCCUGGAAGGGGAUUUACUCACUAACGAAAGCUUGGACGAGUUCAUGUCCGUGCCUGGGAGCCUGGACGUGGCCCUCCCGGAGAAGGACCCCUCGGUGGUGGAAAGCUGGGUGGGCAGCGAGGCGGAGAAGCGGAGCCUUGUGGAGAGUGAAGAUACCCUGUCCGAGGAGCCAGAAAUGGAAAGUCUCUACCCCCAGCUGGAAUCCCUGAAUGUGGUGGAUUCUACAAACACCGAGGCCUCCCCAGUGUCUUCGAGCGGAGUGACGUACUCUCCAGAGCUGCUGGAUAUGUACACCGUGAACCUACAUCGCAUUGAGAAGGAUGUGCAGAGGUGCGACCGCAAUUACUGGUACUUCACCCCUGCCAACCUGGAGAAACUUCGCAACAUCAUGUGCAGUUACAUCUGGCAACAUAUCGAGAUUGGUUAUGUGCAGGGCAUGUGUGACCUCCUGGCCCCGUUGUUGGUCAUACUGGAUGAUGAGGCCCUUGCUUUCAGUUGCUUCACAGAACUCAUGAAAAGGAUGAAUCAAAACUUCCCCCAUGGAGGUGCCAUGGACACCCACUUUGCUAACAUGCGUUCCCUCAUCCAGAUUUUGGACUCUGAGCUUUUUGAGCUCAUGCACCAGAAUGGCGAUUACACACAUUUCUACUUCUGCUACCGUUGGUUCCUCCUGGAUUUUAAGAGAGAACUAGUUUACGAUGACGUCUUCUCCGUCUGGGAAACCAUUUGGGCUGCGAAACACGUCUCUUCUUCCCACUAUGUCCUGUUCAUCGCCCUGGCCUUGGUGGAGGUCUACCGAGACAUCAUCUUGGAAAAUAAUAUGGAUUUCACAGACAUCAUCAAGUUCUUUAAUGAGAUGGCCGAGAGACACAACACCAAGCAGAUCCUGAAGCUCGCCCGAGACCUGGUCUACAAGGUACAGACGCUGAUCGAGAACAAGUAGAGGGCGGGCGACGGUGGCGACGUCCCUUGGAGGUUGCCGGUCGAGGCUCUGGCUCCGUCUCCUUCCAUUUGGCGCUGCCCACAGCCUCCCGAAAGCCUCCGGGGCCUGGCCGAGAUCGCGGGCUGUGCCGGCAAGAGGAAGCGUCUCCUGUUUGCGGCAGGCAGGCGAGGGCUUUGUUCCUUCAUUAGAACUUUGUGCUUCUGUGUUCUACCAAAGAUCUCCAAGUUAGAAUCAGCAUCCUUUGGGGGAGGAAGGGGGUGAGUGGAGAAGGGAAAUGUUCCUCCUUUGCCUCCUUGCUAUUCCUCUGUUCCCUUAAGAUCUACUUUCCGUGGUCCAAGUAAACCUGCCAUUCAGUAGCAAUGGAGCCAUCUUGGGGGAGGGCCUUGACCCAUGCCUUUAGUGGAGAGGUUGACCUGGCUGCCCGGCAAAGCCCCUUGUCCUCGGUGAGCCCCGGGCAGGAGAUGAAGGACCACAGAUGCCAUAAGAAAGGAAUCCAAGUCUCUUCCACCUUCUUGCACCCACUGCCCAGCCCGGCUCAGACAAGGAGAAACAGCCCAGCUUCCUUCUGAUGCUUAGGUCUCUGUUCCAUGCUGCUCCCUCCUUCCUUUUCCCAAGGAGGACACUUUUCUUUCCCAAAGGGGAAGCGUCUCUUUCCAUAAAUCAGGACCACCCGUGGGUCUGAAUCCCAGCACACUAAGCUUUCUUCUUGAGAGCUCUCCUGGGGACUAAGCUAAGGCUUCCUCGUGGAGAACUCCAGAAGGAUGAACAUCGGAGAGUCCUUCCUCCAUGUCCCCUCCCGCCUUUUUUUUAAGCUCAGGUAGAAGGACGCCAAAAAUCAGUCCUAUUUGGAAGCAUGAAUUUUGAAUUUGUCAUUUGCUGACUGUGAGAACAGACAGUCUGGCUGGGUGGAGCCAGAAGGGGCUCGGGUUGAGUGUCUCCCUGAGAGAAGGUCCAUCCGUGUUAGGAUGAGUGACAUCCAAGGCUUCUUCCUCUUGUCUCAGCCAGCUGGGCUAGCCUCAUCCACAGUGGGUUUUCUCCUCACUCCUUCCUUUCUGUGAGCUGAUUUCUCCAAUGUCCUCAUUCUGAUCAAGGACCACGAAUCAGAGAAGGGCAGCCUUUGGAGAGUGAAGUUCCUUCCCACUUUCUCUCUUCCCAGAAAACCAUCCCGCCCUUUGUGGUUCACUCUGCCCUGGCCAUCGACCUGCCUAAAACCUCUCCCGCCAAAUUCAUAAAGAGCAUUAAACUGGUUCUAGACAAACAGAACAAAAACCAUACAAACCAUGGGCUACAGCUGAGUGGGGGGAUUAGGGCUUAGAAUUGAGUUCAAAUCCUGUCGCAGACACUUCUUACCUGUGUAUCUUGGUCACGUGGACCUCAGUUUCCUACUCAGUGCCAGGUUGGACCAGAAACCUAGGAGGUCCCUUCCACCCUAAAGCUAUUCAGAACUAUUCAGCACGUAUGCACCGUCCUCAUAUUGGAGAUGAGAGAAACAUCGGUGGGAGCUGUACCUCUAAGUUUCCAGAGUUAUAAAGUUCUCCCCUUCAUAAUUCUGGGAGACAACUGCCUAAAUUCUCUUCUUCCCAAUUUAUAGAUGAGGAAACUGAGACUCAGAAGCAAAGUGACUAACUCAGGGUCACACAGCUCUAGAGUGUCAGAGCUGGGAUUUAAAGCCGGGUCUUCUGGCUUUAUUAUAGAGUUUUAGAUCUGGCACUGCUAGGUCACUGUCCUUUGUGUUUCUUUUUCAUUGAUUCCCUAUUCUUUUUCCAGGUGAAUUUUGUUAUUAUUUUUUCUAGCUCUGUAAAAUAAUCUUUUGGCCAUUUGAUUGAUAUGGCACUGAAUAAGUGGACUAAUUUAAGUAAAAUUGUCAUAUUUAUUAUAUUAGCUCAACUUACCUAUGAACAAUUGAUAUUUUUCCAAUUGUUUAGAUCUGACUUUAUUUCAACAGAUAUAUCUUAAGCACUUUGUGUGCACUCGAUCCUAGGGACAUGAAACCAAAAAUAGUCCCUGGUUUCGGGGAGCUUCUAUUCUCCAUCUAAUUGCACCUAGUAUUCUCAAGGCAUCAUCCAUUCCCUGUGGGAGGAGAAGGCUCUCUUGCUAUGUGCCCCACAUCAUCCUCUCUCUCCCCUCUGUCAGAACUGGGUCUUUUCUCUUAACUUAAUCUUAGGAAGAGCCUAUUUGGCAAACCAUAAGAAAACUUGGGCUUCUCUAUCCUUAGAACCAUCUGUAUACAGCUUUCAGAGUCGAUCAUUAACCAUCUGAAUUCUGAGUACUUACCACUGAUCUCAGGACAGAAAGUAGCACCUUCUCUCCAGUUUGGGAUCACCACCCUGGUCUCCUGUCACCCUUUCCAGACAUUCAGGAACAAAAUUUGUUAGACAAACACAUAAGAAGGCCCUUCUGAGAAUUAAAAAAAAAUCCAAAUCUUCCCAAGGCUUUUGGACAGAGCACUGAGAAACCCUGGACCAAGCUUCUUCCCUGUGCUCUGAUGGUUUUCCAGAAAAUGUCCGGAGGCCAUUUCGUGGUUGUGUUUUGGAAUACCUGGGAUUUAGCCAAUUUCUUGUACAUCUCCUGCAUCCAUGUAUAACCGAAUUCAAGCAAGUAAGAGUUACUUGGCAGAGGGGACUGAAGCUUUUCAGUGUUACAUACGUUAUCUUGUAAGUGUUUAUCAGAGACUUGUCUCUCUUUUCACAGCUACACACAGAUGAGAGACAGGGAGGUACAGUUCCAUACAAAUCAGUGAGCAUUUAUUAAGCCCCUAUUGUGUGCCUAUAACUGAGAAAACAAAACAAAACACAGUCUGUGCCUUGAAAGCAUCUAUAGUCCACUGGAGGCACUUACAUUCUGUAGGACAAAGGGCAUAUGUUGCUAGAUUUGGAAUCAGGACUCUUCUUAGUGGUAUUAAUUCUGGCAAGUCACUUGGUCUCUUUCAGAUUUCGCUACUAAAUUAGAGAGAGGUUUCAAUCUGCUGAGGGUAGAAAUCCUCCAUUGACAAAAUCCCAGGUCCUUGCUGUACUGAUAUCUAUGUAGAGACAAAUGUAGAGAAGUGUAAAAAGGGAAUCAAGCUAUCAUUCUCAUUUUUAUUUAUUUCUUUAUUUGGGGGAAAAACUUUUUGCUUCUGAAAUGUAUGUAGCUCAUGCUUUCCUUCCCUCCCAGUAGUAUAUCUGGAUGUGAUCUUCUUCUCAUGUCUAUGCUUCUGUUACUCCCACAAAAAAAAAUUAAGGGCAGAGAAAGUAUCCUUGAUCCCUGCCUCCUUUUUUUUUUUCUGUGUAGAUAGAUAUCCACUGGUCUAAAUUAUGGAUUGAAUUAGGCUAUGGAGCUGAACACAGCCCUGAGCUGAAGUUUCAAUGUGUACAUAAUAUACAUAUAUAUAUACACAAAUGUAUAGGUAUAUAACAUAUAGAGAUAUAUUAGGUAAUUUUGACUUAUUUAUUGCCUAACCUACCUCAUGGAGGAGGGUGAGGAUGGGCAUUUUUCAAUUUUGGAAUGUUUAAAACAGCCUUGGGGCCAGUUACUUGCCUGUUCUGUCAGGCAAGUGAAAUAGAAUGUUUUUGUGUUUGUUUUUCCUACUAGUAUCUACCCUCUCUCUGGGAGAUGAUUUAUGUGAGCUGGUCAAUUUUCAAGUCCUUAUUUAUAAGACUGGCUUAAAAUGUAUGAAGUGUCCUGUGCAUUGUCUAUCUAGUCCCUGCUUUGGCUCAACUCGGGUUUUAAAAUUCCCAAGGGCAAAGACAGUUUUCUGUAGAAAAUAUCUGUCUCCAAGAGGCUUCCAAAAAUGGGCAUCAAAGUUGCUCAUUGACACCCGCCAACUGGGCUCUGACCAAGGGUAGCAGCAGAUUCUGCCCACAGUGAAAUGCCACAUCGGAGAUAGACUACAGUUUUCAUGUCAGAGAGAAAAUGUCCACCACCUCUCUCUGAAUUGAACAGUGUAUUGAAACUGACAGAUUUUUAAAUAAGUGCUUUUCCAAAGUCUUACAUUUUCACUGGCCCUAUUAUCUCCCACGGACUAUAUAACUCACCCCAAACUACUUGAAUGGAUUGGGGGGAAUGGUGCCAUCAUAGGUGAACCCUUAAUGGGGCACUAUCUGAGUAGUCAGAAUGAAUUAUUAAGUUGGACCAGAACCACAAGUCCAGCAGCUGUCAGAUUAUAUACACAUAUUCCAAUUCGAGAAUCCCAGCCUGUGAAAUCAUCCAGAGGUGACUUUUGAACCCUGUUUAGAGAAUUUCUGCCUUACGGGAAAGAGUCAUCUGACCGAUGGACCUUUUUUGAAGACUAAGAAGAAAGGUCCUUCAUGGGGUCACAGAGAUAAUACCCACAGGAAUUUUCCCAGAGGGCCAUCCCUUUACCUUUUCACAUUCCUUAGUGUGUGUGUUGAUCAUUUAAGAGUAAGGAAACAUUUACCCCUCCCAAACUGGGGUUGACAGCUGAAUCUCUUCCUUUUGCAGCUCUUACCUGUCACUAGUAGUUAAGUACUUUCCCUGGCUCCACUAAUUGCCCAAAACAGGCACAAAACCAACAGUGGGACCAGGGUUGACUUUAUAUAAUGAAUUUCCAUUAGAAACUAUAUUUUUUAAAAUACAGAAAUGGUCGGGUAUCUGCUUACAUCUAAGUGACAAGGGUAUUGAGCUUUUAGAUGGUGGGAAGUAUGUCCUACUUGCACCAUUCUAAAGAAUUGGUUUAUAAGUACAAAAUACUUAGGAAGUCAUGAAGCAACAAUGGGCGGUCAUAGGGGUUCUGUAUUUUUGAUCCGGGGCAGCUAGGUAGCCGAGCUUGAUGUCAGGAAGAUCCGAGUUUAAAUGUAGCCUCAGACGCUUCUUAGCUGUGUGACCCUGGCCAAGUCACUUAACCCUUUUUGCCUCAGUUUCCUCAUUUGUAAAAUGAGCUAGAGAAGCGACCACUCUAGUUUUUGCCAAAAAAAAAAACCAGAUGGGGUCAUAGAGAGUCAAACAUGACCGAAAUAACGCAACAAUCACGACAAUUGCAUUUUUGGUUUUAGUGACAUGUUUUUGUUCGGUCCUUCUGGUGGUUACCAAAGGAAGUCUGUGAGAUGGAAGAUGCUCCUGAAGUCCCAUCCACCAGCCUCAUCGUUCCAUGUUCCAACAGCCCGUUUCCCCCAAAUCAUUCUUCCAGAAUCUUUAUUCUUAUAUUACAAGAGCCCUGUCCUAUUAUCAUUCCGGUAUCCCAACGGUCCCAUCGUUUUACCAUAGUUCAGCCAGCUUCACGACCCCCUCAGCCUUAGUUCAGUGUGCCCUGGCUCGUUGCCAUGCACUAGAACUGCCCUUUGAUGCUUGCAGACCCACGUUUGGGCUCGCCCUCGUGGGGAGCGGGGCGCCCACAUACCUGUUGAACUCGCACAAAUGCCUAAUCUAAUGCACUACUGCUCUCCUUGUUCUCAAUGAUAUAUUUUUACAAACAACACAAGUCUAGGUUAAUAUUCUUGCUUUUUGUAAAGGACUUCUUACACAACGGGAGUCAUUUGAACCUUGUGUAAUUGUGGACGAAGGACUGGCCACACCUUCUUAAAACAUUCCUGACCCUGAGUUUUGGAGUAUGUGGUCUUUGUGCCCAAAAUAUGUGUGUGUAUGUGUGUGUGUGUUUGUAUGUGUGUAUGUUCCAGGUGUCUUUGCCUUUUGUAGUGCUGAGACUGAACAGAAUGUUUUUGUGGAAGAUUUCAUGUGGAUUGGACUUAUUCCACUUAAGACCAAGAUGGCGGCACAGAGUGAUACUCUCGCAUGAUUUCCCUUCUCUUCCCUGGGCCUUUUCCUCUGUCGGCCAAUCGGGUAAGACUGUGGCUGUUUCUUUACGUGGUCAUGAAGAUGGCCCUAAAAGGGUCAGAAACAUGGCUGAGUGGGUUGGGAAGAAAGUUUGUUCCACCAUUAAGCAUUCUACUUACUCCCCACCCAUCCCCACAUUUCUGAGUGGGUGCAAAGUAUUUCACAGCUUCUCUUUUCAUCUUGCCCCUUCCCUUUCUCUUUCUUUUCUUCCUCCCUCUCAUUGGAGACCAAUAUGGAGGAGAGGAGGCAACAUAGUAAAAAGAAUAACCAUAUCUGGUGUCAGAGAACUCUUGAGUUUGAACCACGGCUUUACUAUUAGCAUGAGACCUCCAGGAAGUCGCUUAAAUGUUCUGUGUCUCAGCUUCCUCCGCUGUAAAAUAAAAUUGUUGGUCUAGGUGAUCUCUAAGGUCCUUAAUGUUGUAAUUUAUCCCUAUGGCAGCUCCCCUGCUGCUCAAGAUAAUAGGAAAGAACAUACCCAUUCUGGUUCACUACCCCCCUUCUCUCCCCGACCUGAAUUUACUAAAUGUCCGAGAGAAUUGGAGUCAGAAAGAUUUGAAUUCAAGGUCCGCUUUGACACGCUCUAGCUGUGUGAUCUUGGGCAAGUCACUUAAGCUCUUGCUGACCUAGGCCACUGUCUAAGACUGUAAGUUGUAAUACUCUGCAUCAGUCCAGAGAAUUUUCUUAUCGAGAAAUUGCUGCACCAGAGAAAUCCUGGAAAUCGAACUCCUCUCUCCCCCAACAAAAAUGAAAUGUUCCUGCCCCCAAAAGCUUGGUUCUAAAGGAAACACAAGUGGGAUUGGAGGAAAGGGGCUCCUACACAUCACAGGGGAUGAACCAGAAUCUUUCCCAUAUUUUUUUCUCCCCUCUCCCUCAUACCUCCAGUGUUUUUCCUUUCCUUGUGGGUAUUUUCCUAGCCCAGACUUUAUUGGCAUUUCAUCCUUAACCCCCUUUUCUCCCUUAAAACAUCUUAUAUUUCCUCCCUUGAUCAUUUUAUAUUUUGCUCUGGGACUUUGAAGAAGUGACUGGGCUUGGAAAUAGAAAUCAAAUCACAUCGCCAUUGGAUUUAGUGCUACAAAGCUUAAAGGUUGCCUAGGCCCAGUGCCUUAAUUUACUGAAGCAGAAAGGGGGCCUUUAAGCCAUGUGGCUAGUAAGUAGAAGAGGCAGGAUUUGAACCCUGCUCCUCUGACUCAGAUGAUGCUCUUUCUUCUGGUUAAGGCUCAAAAGGGGGAUCAUCCUGUGUGCACUCACAAAAUCCCCAAAGUUCCUUUACUUAAAGCAGUCACUUGAAAGACUUAUUGGGAUGGAAGGGUGAGCAUCUCAUUUGUGGAUUCUCCUGGAAACGAGACCCAAAUUCCCGGUGUGUGAAGAAGAAAAUGGGUUGGGGUGAUGGGAAGGCAAGACCCUGAAUUAUUUCCCUGGGGGACCCCAAGCUACAACCUCUGGGAUCUUAGGGCAUUAAGAUGAGGAGUUAAUAAUCUGAACGCAUGUACACAAUAGCACAAUUCAAUUAUCUUUGAAGUGCCGACUAUCAAUCAGGAUUUUACCUGCUGCCAUUAACACCAGCAAAGUGAGGUGACAGGUCCAAGCUGCAGAAAACCACCCUGAGACUUCCCUUCUUGGGGACACUAUUUCACUAAUUGGGGGGGACCUCUCCAGCUGCUACGAUCACAGAACCCGGAAAUGUUCUGUAACCAUUCCCCUGUUCCGGAGUGAAUCGGAAGGACCCUUCCUACUCUCCGGCCGGAGCCCCGAUCCUCCCGAGACCAAAUCGUCUGCUAAGAGGAUGUUCAUUCACCUGGUAGGAGAGGGUCCCCCAUCCCACGCCCCUAAACUCAAAGGUCUCUGGUUCACUAGUCCCAGGGAAGGAUAAGAACGGGCUCCAUUUCUUAGAAGCCGUGGUCUUUUAGAAAUAAAUAAUGCAUACGUGACUUGGCUCCGAGAUUCAGUCUCCAGGGUGAUGUUGGGCCGCCGCGUCUCUAGCUUGGAUGCUGUCCUGGUCUGGGGGGAGCCCUUCUGUGUGAGAUCGGUUGAUGUCGUGGCUUGUAUGGUAUCGUGUAUCCGUGUCACCAAUCUAUGAGCACAUGUGAUCUCCACGUGGUGGUUUAAACUAUUUUAUAGGGGCUUUGGCCCUACUUUUUUUUUUUUUAUUGUAAAUUGUUCUUUACUGUUGUUUCAAAAACAAAACAGUUGCAAACUCUGGUCCCCGUGCUCUCUGUGUUUUCAGAACAAUAAAAUCGUUAUUGGUUGGUC